CACUGCGCCCUCGUCACGCCCCCUCCGUGGGGAGGGCGCCUUUCCGGGGGGCCGCACUGUACGCGCCCGGGUCUCUGCGGAAGCUGCGGCCGCAGCUUUCUAGGAGGUUCAGCCCUGCCAUAGUCACCCGCGUCACCUCACAACGGGGACCGCCACCGUCCCGCUCAGUCCGCGGAAGUAAGGGGGUGUAUGCAAACAACCUGGAGGUCCAAGCUUCUGAUUGGUCGGUCGGAGGCCUCCGCCAGCGGGCUCCGCGGCGCCGUGGGCAUGCGGGUGCGGCCCGCGCGCGCGUGAGCGAAGAUGGGGACGCAGGGCAGCCCAGUCAAGAGCUACGACUACCUGCUCAAGUUCCUGCUGGUGGGCGACAGCGACGUGGGCAAGGGCGAGAUCCUGGAGAGCCUGCAGGACGGCGCAGCCGAGUCUCCGUACGCCUACAGCAACGGAAUUGACUACAAGACAACCACCAUCUUGCUGGACGGCCGGCGGGUCAAGCUGGAGCUCUGGGACACGUCGGGCCAGGGCAGGUUCUGCACCAUCUUCAGGUCCUACUCCAGGGGCGCGCAGGGGAUCCUGCUGGUGUAUGACAUCACCAACCGCUGGUCCUUCGACGGCAUUGACCGGUGGAUCAAGGAGAUUGAUGAGCAUGCUCCCGGGGUCCCUCGGAUCCUGGUCGGGAACCGCCUGCACCUGGCCUUCAAGCGCCAAGUCCCGACAGAGCAGGCCCGCGCCUACGCGGAGAAAAACUGCAUGACCUUCUUCGAAGUGAGCCCCCUGUGCAACUUCAACGUCAUCGAGUCCUUCACGGAGCUGUCCCGCAUCGUGCUCAUGCGGCACGGCAUGGAGAAGAUCUGGAGGCCAAACCGGGUGUUCAGCCUGCAGGACCUCUGUUGCCGGGCCAUCGUUUCCUGCACCCCUGUGCACCUCAUCGACAAGCUCCCGCUGCCCGUCACCAUCAAGAGCCACCUCAAGUCUUUCUCGAUGGCCAAUGGCAUGAACGCAGUCAUGAUGCACGGGAGAUCCUACUCUCUGGCUAGUGGCGCGGGGGGCAGUGGGAGCAAGGGCAACAGCCUCAAGAGGUCCAAGUCCAUCCGACCCCCGCAGAGCCCACCCCAGAACUGCUCUCGGAGCAACUGUAAGAUCUCCUAGCCGGGCAGGCUGCGCCUCAUCCAGACGCACUCUGGGAGGGCUCACGCUUGGGGAGCACUCCAGGCUGGGCGCCAGGCCCAGCGCUCUGUGCAGGGAAACUUUGGCCACACGGUCCCUCCUGGGAAGUUUGGGGAUCCACCUCGUGGGCUGGUGGGCUCAGCUAGACCAGCUGCACAGUCCAGUGCGGGGCCGCGCUGCUGGGCUGGUGGCGGGCCACGCCCAGGACCCGGAGGUGCGGCUGAGAAGAGCCCAGGAGGCAGCUCUGCCUGGCCCCCGCCUUGAAAGGGCUGUCCCCGGGACUGGGGGGCCAGUUCCUUUUCUUAUUUAUGUAAAAGAUGGUUCGCCCCUUUUGUACAUUUUCAAAGGACCAGCAGGGAAGCCUCCUUGCAACCACUUGGUGAGCCCGUGACAGCUGUGAGGAUGCGCUGGGGACACUGGGAGAGGGCGGGUCUUUGAAUCAAAGAUGGGAAGAAACCCACCAUCAAGACUUGAAUCUGAGCUCACAGGACACUUGUUACGGGGAUGUGGGCUGUGUGGGGGCCAGCGGGGACACCUGGAAACCUUGGGCGGCAGCAGCAGCAGUGUCGGAUGCUGUGGCCGUGUGUGGCGGCCUUUCUGAGUGUGGUGGUCAGUGUGCCCGCUGUGGAACACUAGGCAGUGGUGAGGAUUCGAGCCCCAGCACUCUGUGUGGAUGGGCUGCGGCUUCCAGGGCUCCCGUCAGCCUUCCUGGAUGACAUCCUGUGUGUCGCAGAGCUAUGGGUUUAGAGCCGUGAGCAAUUUGCAGGUUCCCAAGUGGAAUUUCCAUGUUUCUUGGAAAAGGGGUAGUGGGGCGUACACCCCCAAGCUCCCCCAGCUCCCUCCCACCCCAUGUAGGGGCAGAUAGCCUCCCGCAGUUCUGUUUACAAAUGUUGUCUCACGAAGCCGGCUCGGAGUCAGUCUGGGUGGAAGACGGGAGCUGUUCGUAGGCAGGCAGUAGCUGCUGGGCCGCCUGGCCGCCAGGCCCUGGGCGCGUUUGGACGGAGCCUGUGCCACUUGCCUCCUGGGCCUUCUAGACCUUGCUCUGACCCGCUGGUCUCCUGACCUUGGUUGAGGUCCCAUCGCUGCUCUGCCCCUGGUGUCACCCCUCUGCUGUCAGGUCACCCGUCACUCGUUUCUCAGUGGUGGAGGCCGGGCCCCUCCUCAAGGACCCACCCACCAGCCUGAGCUGGAGGCCUAGCCUCCUUCCGUCCAUCUGGCUGGUGAUGUGACCGCACCCCGGUACUCAACUCUACCUCCUGCCUGCGGGCCCCUCCCUGGCCUGUGACCCCUGUGCUCGGGGCCUCUUCUGUGGUGGGUGCCCCAGGGGCUGCUCUCCUGGGAGGGGAGGUGGGGAGGGGGCUGCCACACGUGCGAGCGGAAGCCUGGCCGCCAGCAGGGGCGGGCGCCGGAGCCCCUUCUUUGGACUUUGUUUUGGAGAAAGAUGGUCCUGUGUUCACCACGUCAACACUACCCUUUGCUGCUGUCCUCACUUGCUCCAUUCCUGGGCUCGUUUGGGAUGGUUUUACUUUCUUUGUACAGUAAAUGUAAUUCAACUCUGGC